AUGGCGGCCAAGCCACCGGGGCCAGAGGCUGUCUCGUCCAGCGUACCCCUGGUUGCUGAUCUGGGCAAUGUAUGGCCUGCCAUUGAUGGUGGCAUUCGCCGGCUGCCUUCCCGCCUACCUGGGGUCCCUGCCUCGGGCUCCCACGGCGGCCUGGACAGCCAGCUGGCCAAGGCCUACACGGCCCUGGCCCAGACCUCUGCCCGCCUGCUGCGGCCUCCUGGCACUGACCAGGAGCUCCAGCAGGUGGGCACUACCCUGCAGAUGCCCCCUGGGAGCCCGGCCUCCCCCACUCCCCUGCAGCGUGGCUUCAUCUGGAAAGCCAGGAGGGGCCCAGUUGGACGUCCUCAGCCCCCAGUGGCUCUGCCCAUGGCGGCCCCGGGACCAAGUUGUCCUCGAGGCUCCCUGACUCCGCCCUCCGCCCAGCGAGAGCUCCGUGGGGGCUUCUUCAAGCGCACGGUGCAGAACAACAAGCACUACACGUGCACCGAGAGCCAGAGCUGCAAGAUCGACAAGACGCAGCGCAAGCGCUGUCCCUUCUGCCGCUUCCAGAAGUGCCUGACGGUGGGGAUGCGCCUGGAAGCUGUGCGAGCUGACCGCAUGCGUGGUGGCCGGAACAAGUUUGGGCCCAUGUACAAACGAGAUCGGGCUCUGAAGCAGCAGAAGAAGGCACAGAUUCGUGCCAAUGGCUUCAAGUUGGAGACAGGUCCCCCCAUGGGAGUGCCACCGCCCCCUCCCCCCGCUCCGGACUACAUGCUGCCUCCCAACCUGCAUGCACCUGAGCCCAAGGGCCUGGCCUCUGGCCCAGCCAGUGGGCCACUGGGUGAUUUUGGAGCCCAGCCGCUGCCCAUGGCUGUACCAAGCACCCACGGGUCCUUGGCAGGCUACCUCUACCCUAACUUCUCUGGCCGCACUAUCAAGUCCGAGUACCCAGAGCCCUACGCCAGCCCCCAGCAGCAGCCUGGACCGCCCUACGGCUAUUCAGAGUCCUUCUCUGGGGGGCCCACUGUGCCGGAGCUCAUCCUGCAGCUCCUGCAGCUGGAGCCUGAGGAAGACCAGGUGCGUGCGCGCAUCCUGGGCUGCCUGCAGGAACCUGCCAAAAGCCGUUCCGAUCAGCCCGCGGCCUUCGGCCUCCUGUGCAGGAUGGCGGACCAGACCUUCAUCUCCAUUGUGGACUGGGCCCGCAGAUGCAUGGUGUUCAAGGAGCUGGAGGUGGCUGACCAGAUGUCCCUGCUCCAGAACUGUUGGAGCGAGCUGCUGGUGUUUGACCAUAUCUACCGUCAGAUCCAGUAUGGCAAGGAGGGCAGCAUCCUGCUGGUCACCGGGCAGGAGGUGGAGCUGAGCACGGUGGCUGCCCAGGCCGGCUCCCUGCUGCACAACCUGGUCCUGCGGGCACAGGAGCUGGUCCUGCAGCUGCACGCACUGCAGCUGGACCGCCAGGAGUUUGUCUGCCUCAAGUUCCUCAUCCUCUUCAGCCUUGAUGUGAAGUUCCUAAGCAACCACAGCCUGGUGAAGGAUGCUCAGGAGAAGGCCAAUGCUGCCCUGCUCGAUUAUACCCUGUGCCACUACCCGCACUGCGCGGACAAAUUCCAGCAGCUGCUGCUGUGCCUGGUGGAGGUGCGGGCCCUGAGCGUGCAAGCCAAGGAGUACCUGUACCACAAGCACCUGGGCAACGAGAUGCCCCGCAACAACCUGCUCAUCGAGAUGCUUCAGGCCAGGCAGACUUGAGCUUGGCCCUGGGCAGCGGACAGGGGCGCCCGCCAGCAUGCCGCACAGGCGCAUUUCAGUAGGUGACCCCAGAGCCCUGUCCCUAGGCCCCUGCCCCCUGUGCUCUGGAGCUAUGUUAAGGUGGUGGUGAGGAUGGGCAAGGCAGUACUCUCUAGCCCCUGGCACUUGCCUACCACUCACAGUGUCCCAAGGAGGUGGCUGCUGACCACCCCACCCCCUGGUCUGGGAGGAGAUUCUGGAUUCCUUGGUGGGACUUGGCUGUCCCUUGGGUCAGCGGUCAUCCCUUCCCCCCUCUCCUGGGAUCAGAGGCAGGAGGAAGGCGAGCGGGCAUCACAGGGAGAGAAGAGGGGUUCUGCAGUGCUUCCCCACAGAGGAGGGGGAAGAUGUCUGUUGAGUAAAUUAAGGAUGGCUGAGUUUGCUAAAUUUGGUAGGGGGUUGUUGACCCUAGAGGAAACUGGGAGACAGUUAGACAGAAGGACCUCUCCCCCCUCCACCGCGUGACCUCUGCAUGGAGACCUCUGAUCUGUUUCCAGGAAAGGACAUUGCUACAGCCCCCCCCGCCCCCCUCACCCCACAGGGAGGAAAAAUUUGGUACAGUCAACAUUCCAGCCCCCCUUCUUCUUGGCCAGCUGGCUGGUACUAAGCGGCAAGGCUAUAGGUUUGUUUUUCAAUCGCCUAAACACUUCUGGAAAGGCGAGUGUACGUGAGGCAAGCUGGAGGGCUGAUGGAUGAUUGAGCUGGGUACGGCCAUUGCACCAAAUACAGCCCAGGCCUCCUCCCUCCAUCUCAUAUUCCAAGUGCUCCCUUCGGUGCCAGGCCAUUUCUUCUGAGCGCUUCCUGCUCCAGAAAAAA